AUGUGAAAUUUCCAUUAUGUAACAGGAAGCAUUUCUGAGGAUUUAUAAUGAAAAUCCAAAGUCCCUGGACUUCAGUUGCAUUCCUCAAGCACUAGAUGAAGUUUGGAGCAAGAAGAACUUCUCUUCAAAAGUUUCUUUUUCUACUGACAAAUGGCAAGAAGAAAGUUCUCUAGUUUGGAAAUACUGCUCAUUGUUUUAUUCAUAUUGGUAGCUAUUGUGGCCUUUGCUUUAGUCGCAGUCUUAGCUACUGAACCGCAACCUGACAGUAUUCCUGAAGAAAAGACAAACACGACUUUCAUUGCUUAUUGUCCAUACUCCAUCCAAGAUAAUGAUAGAAUAAACUGCUUUUCAGAAGAUGGAGCUUCAAAGGAAAAAUGUGAAGCCCGAGGAUGCUGCUGGAAACCAGUGACAACAGGAAGUGGCCCAUGGUGUUAUUUUGCUUCGAAUGUUGGAUACGCAUUGCAGAACAGUCAAAAGGAAACCUCAACAGGAUUUGAAGCUCAGUUGUAUCGAUUGCAUUCCCCCUCUUUUUAUGGAAAGGAUAUUGAAAGAUUGCUAUUAACUGCGGAAAUGCAGACAGAAAAUCGCUUUCGAUUCAAGAUUACAGAUGCUAACAAACAGCGGUUUGAGGUUGCACAUGAAAAUAUCAAACCAUUUAAAGGCCCUGCAGCGUCAAAUACUAAUUACCAAGUUGAACUUAACCAACAUCCUUUUGGAAUUGUGGUCAGGAGAAAGUCCAGUGGAACCAUUUUGUUCGAUACUUCAUUCGGGCCCAUACAGUUUGCUGAUCAGUAUUUACAAAUAACUGCUAAACUUCCCAGUCACAACAUCUAUGGACUAGGAGAACACGUUCAUAAACGGUUUCGGCAUGACACUAAUUGGAAGAUCUGGCCCAUCUUCACCAGAGAUGCAUUUCCUAAUGGGGGGAUGCACAAUCUCUAUGGACACCACACUUUCUUCAUGUGUCUGGAAGGGGAGAGUGGAUUAGCCUUUGGUGUGUUUUUGCUGAAUAGCAAUGCUAUGGAGGUUGAACUUCAGCCAAGUCCAUCUGUAACAUACAGGAUAAUCGGGGGAGUUUUGGACUUUUAUAUCUUCUUGGGUUCUUCACCAGAGGGUGUUGUUCGUGAAUACUUAACGCUGGUUGGCAAACCAAUGAUGCCUGCCUACUGGUCUUUGGGAUUCCAACUUAGUCGCUGGGGUUACAAGAGCCUUGAUGAUGUUAAAGCUACGGUGGCAAGGAACAGAAAAAUAAAUCUCCCAUAUGAUAUCCAGAUCACUGAUAUUGACUACAUGGAAAACAAAAAGGAUUUUACUUAUGACAAGGUGAAAUAUCGUGAUCUGCCUGAAUUUGCACAUGACUUACAUAACCAUGGGCAAAGGUACAUCAUAAUUUUGGACCCAGCCAUUAGCACCCAGAAGCUGAUUAAUGGCCCGUAUCACUCUUAUGAUAGAGGCACACAAAUGGGCGUCUGGAUCAAUGAAUCUGAUGGAAAAACACCCCUUUUGGGAGAGGUUUGGCCAGGUGAAACGGUCUUUCCGGACUAUACAAACCCCCAGUGUAUUAAAUGGUGGAUAGAGGAAUGUGAUAAAUUCUAUCAAGAAAUAAAAUAUGAUGGCCUUUGGAUUGAUAUGAAUGAGGUGUCAAGUUUCAAACCAGGUUCAAUAAAAGGAUGUAUUAAAAACAAAUGGAAUAAUCCUCCUUUCAUUCCAAGGAUUCUUGACAAAAUGAUGUACUCCAAGACUCUUUGCAUGGAUGCCAGACAAACUGGGGGAAUACAUUAUGAUAUGCACAGCCUUUAUGGUCACUCAAUGAUACUUGCUACUGAAGAUGUAAUUAAACGUGUGUUCCCUGGGAAACGUAGUAUCAUUCUAUCUCGAUCGACUUUUGCUGGCUCAGGAAAAUACUCAGGACAUUGGCUGGGAGAUAAUGCUGCAAACUGGAAUGACAUCAAAUGGGCAAUUCCUGGAAUGCUGGAGUUUAAUCUCUUUGGUAUUCCAUAUAUUGGGGCAGACAUUUGUGGUUUCUUUGAUAAUUCAACUGAAGAACUGUGUAGGAGAUGGAUGCAGGUUGGAGCUUUCUAUCCAUUUUGUCGGAACCACAAUGCUGAAAAUUAUAAACCUCAAGAUCCAGCUUUUUUUGGUGAAAACUCACUUUUAGUGAACAGUUCCAAGCAUUACCUGAAUAUUCGGUACACAUUGCUUCCUUAUCUCUACACCCUCUUUCAUAAGGCUCACACCUCUGGAGAUACUGUUGUUCGACCACUGCUUCAUGAGUUUCCCUCAGACAAUGUGACAUGGACUGUUGACCAUCAGUUUCUAUGGGGACCUGCUCUUCUUAUCACUCCUGUGUUGGAACCUAAAACAGAAGAUGUCAAUGCCUAUGUUCCUGAUGCAGUUUGGUACGAUUAUGAAACAGGUGCUGCUCUAACCUCUCGGAAGCAGUUUCUGAAUAUGCAUAUACCAGCAGAUAAACUUGGACUUCACGUCAGAGGGGGAUUUAUCUUCCCAACACAACAGCCAGCAAAUACUACAUUUUAUAGCCGGAAGAAUCCUCUGGGUCUCCUCAUUGCCCUUGAUGAACAAGGCAAGGCUAAUGGAGAGUUAUUCUGGGAUGAUGGUGAAUCCAGAGAUACUUUUGAAAGCGGAGCUUACAUUGACUGUCAAUUUACAGUUAUGGAGAGUACUCUGAACAUCAAAGUAGUGAAGAAUGGAUACACUGAUCCAAACAACCUUAUGUUUGAAGAAAUAAGAAUUCUUGGCAUGGAGACUAUUCCAACAUCAGUCAAUAUCACUCAGAAUGCUCAAGUCACAAUUUUACCACCUGAAAAGAUCAAGUAUAGUGCAAAAACUAAGGUUGCUCAGUUUAUAGGUCUGGGACUUGCAUUUGGAAAGUCAUAUUCAGUGCAGUGGACCUCUUCGAAGUUUGUAAGAGUGGACUGUCACCCAGAAGAGAAUGUAAAUGAAACUCUCUGCAAUGAGCAAGGCUGUAUAUGGGCUAGUUCGGACAAUCAAGGUGAGCCUUGGUGUUUCUAUGAACAUGAUUAUGGCUACUUAAUAAAUAAAGCCAAAAAGAUUCAGCAAACACCAAAUGGUAUGAGUGUUGAAAUUAAAAGGAAUACAGUAUAUCCAAAGCGUUACAGUGGCCAAACACCAACAAUCGAAACCCUCAAAGUUCAAGUCACAUUCUUAAAUGACAGUAUGUUGAAUUUCAAGAUUUUUGAUCCAAAUACAGAAAGGUAUGAAGUCCCAGUCCCACUGAAUAUUCCCAGUCCAACACCUGGAAAUGGUGCAUCAAAACUUUAUGAGGUUGAAUUUGUCAAUUAUCCUUUUGGGAUCCAGAUCAAAAGAAAGAGCUCUGGUACAAUAAUUUGGGACUCUCAAGUUGCUGGCUUCACAUUUACCGAUCAAUUCAUUCAAUUGACAACUAAGCUCCCUUCUAAGUAUAUAUAUGGAUUUGGAGAAACAGAACAUAGGAGUUUCAAACAUGAUCUGAACUGGAAUACGUGGGGAAUGUUCAGCAAAGAUCAGCCACCUGGUUAUAAAAUGAAUUGCUAUGGGGUCCAUCCUUUUUAUAUGGGUCUUGAAGAGGACUUCAAAGCACAUGGUGUACUUCUGUUGAACAGCAAUGCAAUGGAUGUAACACUUCAUCCAGACCCUGCUCUGACAUAUCGUACUAUCGGAGGAAUCCUAGAUUUUUAUAUGAUUCUUGGCUCCAGUCCAGAAGAAGUAGUCCAACAGUACACAUCACUUAUUGGACGUCCAGUCAUGCCACCUUAUUGGUCACUGGGCUUCCAGUUAUGUCGAUAUGGGUAUAAGAAUACACGUGAAAUAGCUGAAUUGUACAGUGACAUGAAGAAAGCAAAGAUACCUUAUGAUGUUCAGUAUGUGGACAUUGAUUACAUGGAGAGACAGCUGGACUUCACCCUUGAUGUGGAUGAUUUCCAGCGUUUGCCAGAUUUGUUCAAUCAAAUGAGAAGUGAAGGGAUGAGAACUAUCAUUAUUUUGGAUCCAGCAAUUUCCGGAAACGAAACCCAACAUUACGAGGCAUUUACAAGUGGACUCGACAAAGAUGUAUUCAUUAAAUGGAAAAAUAGCUCUGAAAUUGUGUGGGGGAAGGUGUGGCCAGAUUUUCCAAAUAUAACAGUGGAUUUAUCAAAGGACUGGGACUAUCAAGUAGAACAUUAUCGGUCAUUUACUGCUUUCCCAGACUUUUUCCGCAACACAACCGCAGAAUGGUGGCAUACAGCAAUUAAGAACUAUUACUCCAACCCAACUGACCCAAGUAAAAGUGUGAAGUUUGAUGGGCUUUGGAUUGAUAUGAAUGAACCAGCAAGCUUUGUUCAUGGAUCCGUUAAUGGCUGUCACGAUACAAAAUUGAACAAACCACCCUAUAUGCCAGCGCUUGAGUCAAGACACAUGGGAUUGCAGCACAAAACUUUAUGCAUGGAGAGUGAGCAAUUUCUGGUCAAUAAUAUUUCAGUAAGGCACUACGAUGUGCAUAGUCUCUACGGAUGGUCACAAACAAGGCCCACAUUAGAAUCUCUGCAAAACGUAACUGGAGAGCGAGGAAUUGUAGUGACUCGUUCAACUUUCCCAUCAAGUGGACAAUGGGCAGGGCAUUGGCUUGGGGACAACACAGCUGCCUGGGACCAGAUGUAUAAAUCAAUUAUUGGAAUGAUGGAGUUCAGUCUAUUUGGAAUUUCUUAUACGGGAGCUGAUAUAUGUGGCUUUCUUCGGGACACUACCUAUGAACUUUGCCUACGAUGGAUGCAGCUUGGAGCAUUUUAUCCCUAUUCUAGGAAUCACAAUGGAAUAGGGUAUAUGAGACAAGAUCCUGUGGCCUGGAAUGAAACAUUCCAAAAUGUCUCAAGGCAUAUUCUUUCGACACGUUAUAGAUUAUUACCAUAUCUCUACACACUGAUGUAUGAUGCUCAUCGUCAUGGCAGUACAGUAAUAAGACCACUGCUUCAUGAGUUUUUCAAGGAUAAAACAACUUGGGAUAUUGAUCGGCAAUUCCUUUGGGGUGGAGCAUUGAUGAUUACUCCUGCGUUGGACGAGGGAGUAACCACUGUGCAUGCAUAUGUCCCCGACUGUCGCUGGUAUGAUUGGUUCACAGGCAAAAGACUCCUCAAAAGACGGGAGUGGGUUACUAUGCCGACACCACUUGAUCAUAUUAAUGUUCAUGUCCGAGGAGGCUCCAUUAUCCCAUGGCAACAACCAGGAAACACAACAUACUACAGCCGAAAGCAGUUCCUAGGAUUAACUGUUGCUUUGGAUGAUAAUAAAACCGCUAAUGGUCACCUUUACUGGGAUGACGGCCAGACCAUAGAUGCAUUUGAACAAAAUGAAUACUUCCUUGUUGAAUUCACUGUUGAUAAGAAUAAACUGACAACUAAAAUACUGCACACUCAUCCAAAGAGUACUGCAUCUGAGCUGAAACUGGGACAUCUUUAUGUUUGGGGAGUAGGAAUGAAGCCAGUCAGUAGUGUCUCUCUAACUAAUGGAACUAUGACACAAGCUAUCACCAAUUUUCAGCAUGACACUCAUUCACAGGUACUCACUAUCGAAAUGACAGAUAUAGUCGUCGCGAUCAAUAACCCAUUAACAAUCAUUUGGAAAACACAACUAUGAAUAUUAAUUUAAUAAACAUUACAGAGCACUAUUGACAAGCAGAUAAGUUUUUAAAAGAUUUUAUUAUUACAUUUUCAUGAAUGAAGUCCUGAUAGGAAUUUUAUGAAGAAAAUGAAUUGAAGAGCAUUCAUUAAAUGUGUUGGAAUGUCUUUUAAUAAUUGUAAAUAAAUUACUUUUGCUGCACAAGUGAAAUAAAAAGUUCAUCAUCAUUA